AUGCAGUCGUACUAUUUGAAGGAUCAACAAGAGAUUGGAAAUCGGUCUGUCAUCAUGGCCGCGGAGAUUGAUCUUCUAGAUCCGGAACCCACCAACAAUAGCAUCAACAACUCUCCAUCCGAGACGCGCCCGCGCAAGCGUCGCAGAAGAACAGUCGCAUGUACUCAAUGCCGCACCAGAAAACUAAAAUGCGACCGCGAAUAUCCGGCAUGCGGUCGCUGUCUCAAAAGCGGCAUCCCAGACAGAUGUAAAUAUGAGGAUAGCUUUGUUUGGCAGCAGCCGAACACCGUCAAUGCUGCUGCAGCAUCAACAGCUUCAGCCACAACAACCACAUCACCACCAAACGGAGGAGUGGCCGGAAUUGACCGGCUGAAUGGUGGGCAUAUUACGCUCCCUCCUCCAAAUCGUGUUGCGACUGGAGCUUCGCCCAGGUUUGCUACUGUGUUACCGGCAUACCCGAAGUCGGCGUCAGUAACUGGUCUUCCGGCGCCGUUACCGUUGCCAGUAUCUUCUCAGUCGCUGCCAUCGGCUAGAAGUCAUAGUAAUUCUGCUUAUCAUUUGGGACAAUCUGGAACAUCUCGAGCUCGAUUUUUGGAUACUGUUUUGGAUGGUCCUAAUCCGCCUACCAGCAGCUGGUCUCGGCCCGAUGGAAGUACAGCUCACUAUAGUCAUGCCGGGGGCUAUCAACAUUCGUUGGCGACGCCUUCACAGAGACUUGAGCUACCUAAUAAGGUUAUGAUAAGAGGGAAAGAAACGAGAACUCGUUUCAAUGGCGGAGGAAUUAUGUCUAAUUUGAUGCUUCAAUUCCCAGAACUAAAGGCUUUCCUCCACGAAGUCAAAACCGGCAAUCCGAACUUUGCUCGGAUACGCAUGGCAAAAGAUGCACUCAAAUUCUCCAGUCUCAAGCACAAACUAAAAGAGAGAUUGCCAACUAUCGACACGGCUACCUUGCUGUCUCUUCUCCCGCCAAAACCUGUCGUGGAUAUGUUACUGCGCUUGUACAUGCUCUAUGUAGAGUCCAUGCACCGCGUAAUUCACGUCCCCUCUUUUCGACGAGAACUUUCCGAGCUGCAAACUAACAUUCAUAAUCCCGACAUGAUAUCAGCGGCCUUCGUUGCGCAGCUUUUGCUCAUGCUUGCCGCCGCAGUGGGGUUUUAUGAAGCAGAACCGUCACCAGACUUCCUACACGAUUCGACUAUUAGCAAGACUUUCCAGGUCGUGGAAUGGAUUCGAUAUGCGGAAAAAUGGAUCAACACGACAUAUGUCAAGCGGCCGGACUUGACUAUCUUGAGGAUACAAUGCUUGCUUAUCAUCGCAAAGAACAAUCAAGGUCUGAAUCGAAGUCAGGCAUGGCUUGCUACGGGAAAUUUGGUCAAGAUGGCCAUGCUAGCUGGUUAUCAUCGAGAUCCUGGCAACAUCCCGAAGAUCACCCUUUUCAACAAAGAAAUGCGGAGGCGCAUGUGGGCGACUAUCAUAGAGCUAGACGCUCAGAUUGCAAUAGAUCGAGGUAUGCCACCGACUCUGCAGGCCUCGGAUUUUGAUACUGCACCACCUCUGAACAUCAACGACGAUGAGAUCCACGAAAACACGACAGAAGAACCACAAUCUCGACCCGUCACUGAAGUCACUGAUUGCACCUUUCAAGUUGUACUCAGCCGAUCGCUCUCUCUACGACUCAAAAUCUUUAGUCUGAUGAACUCCCCGGUUGUCUCGUGUUCGUAUGAAGAUAUUCAGAAAAUCGAAUGGGAACUUGGCCGUUUCCAGGCCAGUCUUCCAACUUGGCAGGCUACCACAGACACAGAGAUAAGCCACAAACUGACGUUGUGGAGUGCAGUACUCGAAACCAAACUCGGCCAGGCACUUUUAGCGAUACACACUCCUUUCGCCAUUGAAGCCAACGAAGACCCUUUAUUCGAGCCCUCGUCAAGAGCUCGCUUGGAAGUCGCCACGGUGAUAUUAUCAAGACAUCUGAAACUCCACGAAACGUCCGCACGACUUUCCUUUGGCCAUUCGGCAGACAGCACAGUUCAAGCAAGUUUCUCCGUUCUCCAGCACUUAUUCGCCAGAAGAACUGGGUAUACAUCCAACCUUUUGCGCCAGGUGCUUCCAGCAUUCACCGAGUCACUGCUCGAUCUUGUCGAGAAGACAAUCUCAUGCAUGGAAGCCAGACUGUUAUUGGUGAUCAAAGGCGCCAAGCAGUUUUUCUUCUUAUAUAUGAUCUUUGCUCUUGUCAAGGCGGAGCUGUAUCCUGAUCAGGCCGAGGAGAUUAAGCGACUUAUUGUGGACCGUAUUUUGACGGUUACAUAUCGCAUUUUGCGUGGUUCUGAUGGGACCGUUAGCCUUGACGGGAUUGAUCUGCCAUCCAUCUCCCAAGUUCCCAGUCUUGCAUCAGGAAAUGAGCACAACACUCCACUCGAAAGCUUACCGGGAUCAUUUGACAGUAACAAUUUAUCGGAUCUCAUGCUAACGCCGCCCGACGAUUUCAACAGCCUUCUACAAGUCUUCGACUGGGAAGAUUUUUCAACUUUCCCAUUUUCCAUUUAACAAACUACUUUCAUUUUGUAACCACAUCCUUUUGACUUGUGUAUAGACACCAGAUUUUUCGUAUUUGUAUACCCCCAUUGUCUUGGAAAUCUCAUAUUUCGGAAGGUGAAAAUUAUAUAUAGAGCAACUCAAUGUUACAUUAUGUCUUACUGG